GAAUUUAAUGGCACUAGAGUAGCUGGCAUUCUGAAUGAUGGCAACCUUCGAAGUGUCCCUUUUGUUCCUUUUCACGAUUCUAUGGCAUUCCAGACAAAGAUGCGGUCUUUGGCCGUGAACUCAUCAGUUACCUACUCUGAUAGAGGCAUUGAAUAUUCUCGUAAGAUGUUCUCAGAACAAGGCAGAACAGGUGUAGCACAGGUGCUUGUCGUUUUGAGAGAUGGCUUUUCCCGACUUCCACCUGACACUUUAAGACAAGCUUUGAUUGCAAGGAUGCAAAAUAUUACAGUUAUAACUAUUGGUCUAGAUGGAAACAGUGGAGGGAUACCAGGCAGGAGACAAGAGCUUCAAUCUGUGGCUUCAUUCCCGGACCUAUUCUAUGGAGUGAGCAACUUUAAUGAUUUACAGUCGGUACGAAGGAAACUGGUGUCAGAUAUAUGUGAUGUGCUCAGUCAGCGUUCUAGUAUUGAGCUGCCAACGGCUUCAACACAGAAUCCAACUCAAGUGCCUGUAUCAGUGAACACUACACAAAGUAUGGUCGUCAGGCCAAAUCCUUCUGCGAAUGUCAUAUGUCGUCGGCCUGGAGAUGUUGUCUUCAUCCUGGAUGGAUCCAAAGGGGUUGAUCAAUCAGAUUUUAGGUUUCAAACUAAUUUUGUGGUCAGGAUGACAGAGUUAUUUUACCUUAAUCCAGACGAUGGCCUGAGGGUGGGUGUCGUUGUUUAUGGUGACCAAAUUAAAGUUAUCCAACAAGAACCAUUUUUGUCGGAGUCCAGUUUGCGAUCUGUACUUGGUCUUUUAAUCCAUGAUAGAGGAUCUCCACUUGUUGAUGCUGGCAUUCGAUAUGCCAGAGAACUACUAAAUGAGCAAGGUAGACCUGGAACACCGAAAAUCCUGGUUUUGUUGUCGCAUGGAAUCAAUGCUAGACCAGUCAACACCAUUGAUGAAGCUGAAAAGGCAAAGCAAGAAGGAAGCAUACUGAUAACUGUUGGUAUAGGAAAAGAUGCCAUGGGAUUGAAUGCAGACGUGAUCGAAGAGUUCAGAUCAAUGGCGUCCACUAGUGAUCUUGCGUUUUUGACCCCAGAUUACAGUCAACUUCCUGUCCUCGUCAACAACCUUGCUCCAUCAGUGUGUGAUUUGCUAUCACCCCCACCCAUCUUACCAACCCUGGGUGUUAAUCCUCAAGAGUUUCCGGUAUCGACAUCACAGCCGCCAAUAGUAAGACAAGCCACAACACAAGCCCCCCAGAGUGAUUCAAAAUGCCAAUAUCCCGGAGAUUUGAUAUUCUUGCUGGAUGGAUCACCAACCUCGACAGAUCUCAGCUUGCUCUUGGCAAGGGAAUUUGCAUUAUCUACAGCUGAUUCGUUUAACCUUAAUGAAUUUAAUGGCACUAGAGUAGCUGGCAUUCUGAAUGAUGGCAACCUUCGAAGUGUCCCUUUUGUUCCUUUUCACGAUUCUAUGGCAUUCCAGACAAAGAUGCGGUCUUUGGCCGUGAACUCAUCAGUUACCUACUCUGAUAGAGGCAUUGAAUAUUCUCGUAAGAUGUUCUCAGAACAAGGCAGAACAGGUGUAGCACAGGUGCUUGUCGUUUUGAGAGAUGGCUUUUCCCGACUUCCACCUGACACUUUAAGACAAGCUUUGAUUGCAAGGAUGCAAAAUAUUACAGUUAUAACUAUUGGUCUAGAUGGAAACAGUGGAGGGAUACCAGGCAGGAGACAAGAGCUUCAAUCUGUGGCUUCAUUCCCGGACCUAUUUUAUGGAGUGAGCAACUUUAAUGAUUUACAGUCGGUACGAAGGAAACUGGUGUCAGAUAUAUGUGGUGUAUUGAAGACAACAGAUUCAUCGAUACCUACACCACAAUCCCCUGUACGCCCGCUGCCAGUAACACCAAACUCAGUGGAAAUGCCAAGCUGUACCAGAUCAACAGCUUUCCACGUGAAACCAGGCCAUGACUGCGCACAGCGUGCAGAAAUUGUCUUUAUGGUUGAUGCAUCCGAGGCAAUCACUCCAGAAAACUUCGCUCUUCAACAGAAAUUUGUGAUGUGUGUUGCUAACUCUUUGUUUCUCGAUCCUUCUAGCGGUGCAAGGGUGGCUGCUAUUGCCUAUAGCUCCCAGACUCAGAGUAUACCACUUGCCGGCUUUAGUGAGGCCGAGGGGUUCUGGAGUAGCUUCAGCAGAAUGGCCGCUGACAACAGCAUAGCUCUGACAAACAAUAGUAUUCAAGUAGCUAGAGAGAUGUUCAAAGCUGAAUCAAGACAGGAAGCUACCAAGACACUGGUCAUUCUUACAGAUGGCAAGAACAUUUGUCCGGGAAACACUUUGGCGCUGGCCAACUUGGCCAAACGAGAGAACAUUUUGAUAAUAUCCAUUGGGAUUUCAGAAACUCCACUUAGUUCAGCCAGUCUUUCUGAACUGAAAAGCCUGGCAUCUACGCCAGACCACGCCUUUGUCGUUUCUAAUUACAGAUCCCUGAUGGCAGCCACUGGUAAUCUUGUUCGGGUGUUGUGCUAUAACCUGAGCCCUGGAAGCAGACCGAAGCUCCCAUCGAACCCCUCUUUCCUUCCUGCCAGGCCACGAACACCAAAAACCACUGGUCCGUCACCGAUAAUACCCAGACAUUUCCCUGCCAAUUUUUCUCCUCCUACAGGUUACUCUGGAUACGUGCCUCGACGUGCGCCAUCUGGAAAUACAGGCUCACAAAGACCACCAAAAUCUUACUCACAUCCCCUUAUUUACCCUUCAGCAACAGGCAGUAGGGGCGUAUAUGUGCCUUCGGGUCAGAAUCGAAGAGUCCAGACUGUGUGGCGACCGAACACAGGUAUCCACAGGACUCCCUACUCGAGUGGAAAUACUGGAACUGCCAGAGCCGCAUACUCAAACAGAGUUGCAGGCACAGCCUACUCCAAAGGUGCCACAGGAAGUGCUGGAGUGCCAUACUCAGGGACUGCUGCCUCUCACUCCCAUCUCCCGUCUUCUCGAUCUGGCCGUGUCUUGCCUCGAAUCCGACCUGCUCCAUCGGUAUCAAGGUUACCCUUGUCCCGGUCUCAACCCGUGGGGAGAAUCGGACAGACAUCCCGGGCUAACUCCCUUCUCUCAGCUAUCAGGAAGUCUCUCCGGACCCAGGCAUCUUGAUUCAACCGAUGAUUAAUGCAAAUUCUUGGAAUAGAGUGGAGGCUUUCACUGAGAAGCAUUCAUUGCAAUUCUUAAUUUUUCACCAGAGGCCGCUUGCACAAAGCAAUUGUAGGCUAAGUUGAUUGUAAUUACUAUGGCGACACAUGUUAAACUGUAUGUUGCCAUGGUAGUUACAGUCAACCGGCAAGAGGCCUCAAUAUCAUUUGCACAAGCAGAGUGUUAUAAAAGAUGGAUUGAGCCUUGUGUUUGAAUACCAUUAUUGUAUUUGCGAAGAUACUACAGUUUGAACCUGAAAAGUACUUUAAUUUCCAGUAUUUUGCAGUUGAUACGCAUUUUUGUUGAACUCGCCUGCCAUAUUUCAUGGUAUACUUUUUCAUUUCUUGUCCUUUUUUUAUAUCGGACAAUCAUACCCGGGACUGGAAACUUAUAUUAUAACUAUGAUAACUGUAUAACACCAUACCGCAUAAAGGUAAUGUAGGCUAACUUGACACAGCCACUCCUCAGGAAUGCACUUUACUGCAUUUAUUAUCACUUCUGCAUUAUGCAUUUGUCUGAAUUUUUUAUAGCCAUCAAUAUUACUAGUAGUUUUCACUUUUUUAUACUUGAUACAUAUAUGUGAUCUAGAAAUUAUUUGUGCUAUACAAAUCGCAUUGGUAUGUAGAAAUCUUGAUUUAUGGAUGGAUUGGUGACUGAGUUUUUAGUCCAGUGCUAUACAGUGAGUCAGCGACAUGCCUAAGCAGAAACACAUUGAAAAUUAAGGCCUGAUGUAAUGUUAGGAAGGGACUGUUUUUGCAAAAUCUUAAGUCUGUGUUGUCCCUAUAGGAAGUUUCAUAGUUGUAGGACAAAAGUUAAACACUGUACUUUUUCAUUGUUGAAUUGAUUCGUGCUCAAAUUUCAUAUAUAUGAUCGCCAUUGCUGCUAAUUAUGUUGUAGAUUUAUUGUUUUAACAUGGCACUUAUAUAUAAAGAUGGUAUAACCACAUGUGUAAUAAAGAGGAAAUAAAGUAUGUACACAAAUGAGAGUUUGUCCACUAAUAAAAUAGCAGUGAUAUUUGUAGACUUUUUUAAAUGUGCAUAUUGGUUUUUAUAAAAAUUUGACUUUUGCAACCGUUUACGGCAGUGUUGUUGAGUAAAAGCUAAUACAUCAAUGAUUUUGUAUGAGUUGGCACUAUAUUCGAUUUGAUAGAUUUUAUAAUGAGACUAUGCAUGUUAAUAAUGCAUUGUGCCAAAAUUGUGUAUAUUUGCAUGUUAGAUAUUAAACAUAGUUAAGGAUGGAUUGUAUCUCUUCAGCACAACUGUGGUCCAUGUCUGUACUGAGCAGCCAUACCAUUUACCUUUAUUCUUUCUGUGUCGUGACACCUCUCUCCUGGAAGCUCUAAGAUCUGACCCGUGAUUGUAAUCGGUUUGGUAUAUUUUCUGACAUUACAGGAUAUUUUCAAGCUGACAGGUGAAGCCUUGUUUGUUUGAAAACCAUAAUAUCUGUUUUCUCAGAUCUACGUGUACCAGCAGUACAACAGUUUUAUGGUUAGCAGAGUCCUAGUAUUGAAUCGCUUUGGAUUGUAUAGGAAAUUGAUGUCAUUCUUUACUGGUACCUAUUUUGGCUUACCCUGUUCCUUGAUAGGUUAGUUGCAAAGAGCAAGAACAUGUAGCAGUCGGAGUAAUUACGUCAUUUAUUUUUAUCAGAUACUUUGAUAAUGUUUGCUUUAAUUUUUCCCCAAUCUGACGUGAGUAAUCCUUACACUCUGUUUAUCAACAUUGUC